GUACGAAAUCGCAAUUGGUGCUUUAUCAAGAGGCCAAUCGGGACCCCAGCCGCAAACCGGAAAAGAUGCUUGAUCCUUGGUCUGCAAUUGGAAUAGUUCGCCUCGAUCAAGCAAGGCGAUUCAACCUAGCAAUAGGAGAAGUUCAAUUCGAGGAGACAGAAGUAGUACGUACUGCCUUGAACAUGGGAAUGAGCGACGAAUGGUUGGGGGUCUCUGUUACUUUUGAUGAAGGAAUGGAAAUAGCUGAAGAAUGCCAUGUACUCUUCAAGCCAAAGAUGCCGGCUAGUCCAGAGGGGUAGGAGGAGUCAGGACAACAGCACCGACUGCGGCAAUUUGGAAGUUUUUCACGAGGAUUUGGACGCCGCAAAAGUUGAUAUCGCCAACGGCAUUGUCGGUUGCCGCGCCCUUUCCGGAUUCAACUACACUGAGAUCGCCUGGACGCUUAUGAACAUGUUUCAAAAAAUCGAAGAUGAGCUGGACGAGCAAGGUGGGCCCGAUUGGCGCUGUUCAGGCUGUUCGUACGAUUCUCAAGCCGCAGCAGCCCAUAAUCGUCUUCACAUUGCUCGCAGUGUUAUGGAAUCGCAUCAAGACAAUAAGGAGCGUCUUUACGUCUUCGUAAAGCACUUCGAGCACGCAUUCUCCGACUUGACUGACUAUAUGUACUUCACGGAAUUUCAAAACCCCCUAAAGGUUCAGGCAGAGAAGUGUGGUGUGAGCCUGUCUGCCGAAGCAGAAAACGAAUGUCUGGUCAUGUAAAGGCCAACCAGAAGAUCAAAGAAAUCACUACAUGUAUUUCAAAAACCAAACUUCCCCUAUACAAGAAGUACAUCAG